ACCUGUGCCUCCGGACUUCCUUCGCGCGGCUCCGCCCCUUGUCCCGGAAGCAAUCGCUGCGGCCGGAGGUUUCUGGGCUUGCUUGCGGGGCGCACUUCCUUUUUGUCCGACAUCUUAGCGAGGCGGCAGUGGUCGCAGUUGCUCUCCGGCCUUCGCUAUGCCGCCCAAGGACGACAAGAAGAAGAAAGAUGCCGGAAAGUCGGCCAAGAAAGACAAAGAUCCAGUGAACAAAUCUGGGGGCAAGGCCAAAAAGAAGAAGUGGUCCAAAGGCAAAGUUCGGGACAAGCUCAAUAACCUAGUCUUGUUUGACAAAGCAACAUAUGACAAACUCUGUAAAGAAGUUCCCAACUAUAAGCUUAUAACUCCAGCUGUCGUCUCUGAGAGACUGAAGAUUCGUGGUUCCCUGGCCAGAGCAGCCCUUCAGGAACUCCUUAGUAAAGGACUUAUUAAACUGGUUUCAAAGCACAGAGCUCAAGUGAUUUACACCAGAAACACCAAGGGUGGAGAUGCCCCAGCUGCUGGUGAAGAUGCAUGAACAGCUUCCAGGUGCUGAAGAGCCCUCUUCUGGGUCUGGCACUGUCUGAGGCUGAGUUUGAUUCAGGAAAAAUAAAUGUGUCUAGAAUGCUUAA